GUUUGUUACUCUUGGCCUUGUACUGUUGCGCUCACACACGCACCCACAUUCAAGCACGCACGCACGCACGCAAGCACGCACGCACGCACGCUUCCGUCUGUGCUUCGUCUCCCAUACACCGGGAACCACUGAGGCUGGAGCAGACACGCACACAACAACUCUCAUCGGGAAGCUCUCUCUCUCUCUCUCUCCUCUCUCUCUCUCUCUCUCUCUCUCUCUCUCUCUCUCUCUCUUCCCCUCUCUCUCUCACCCCCCCUCUCUCUCACUUUCUCUGAGUCUCUCUCUCUCUCUCUCUCUCUCUCUCUCUCUCUCUCCUUGUCUCCAUCUCUCUCGUGUUAGCUUAUCGUGCACCCGCGAUUUGUCUCGCUGUCACACACAAGGAGGGGGUUAUGGGAGGUGAUGCUGACUACGAUGAAGGAAAGGGUCUUUCGUUGCAGGGGGACGCAGUGUUGCUGCUCAUGGAUGGACGUGAUCAAUUGAUGCUACAAGGUUGUUUGGGAGAUCAAAGAUCUCAAGGGAUCGGCGGAGGAAGGUCUCCAAGGCUGGGUAGCAAAGUCGAUCUGAUGUUCGACGUAGGUCCAUUCGGUACGCGCGGGCGCUUGCGCAUGCAGGCAGGUGCAGAGAGCAGUUAGAGACGGUGGGCGGCAUUCGGCGGAAGAAGAGAAGACGAGAAGAGGGGAAAGGAAUGACAAAGAAACGUGGGGGGCAGGGGAGAAGCGGAGAGAGAAAAGAGUGGCGGCGAGAAGGGAAAAGGGGGGGGAUAGUCGGGAAGAAUCAAUCGCACACCCGUAGGUUCAGGUCCAUUUGAGUGCUGUGGUCACUUGCACGUGCAGGAAGGUGCAGAGUGGUGAUAGAGACAGCGAGUCGCGUUCGACGGAAGCAGAGAACAAGAGCAGACAAGGAGAGACGCAACAAGAGAUCAAAGGCCGGAGAUAGAAGGGGACGGACGAGAGAGAGAGAAGAGAAGAGAGAGCCAAGGAGAGGGAGGGGGGGGGAAUCAACUAUCCAUAAUGGGUAAGCUACAUCUGGUUCAGCUGGAGGGCAGGGUGUAUAGCUGUAAGCAGUGCCGAAGUCACUUGGCUAACAUGGACGAGCUGGUUUCGAAAGCUUUUCACUGCCGACAAGGGAAGGCGUACCUGUUCAAUACGGUGGUGAAUGUGUCCGUGGGACCGAGGGAGGAAAGGCUCAUGACAACGGGCCUCCACACGGUGGCAGACAUUCACUGCAACUUUUGCCAGAGAAUCGUGGGAUGGAAAUAUGAGGAGGCAUUCGACAAGAGCCAGAAAUACAAGGAGGGAAAGUAUAUACUGGAGCGGCAGAAAAUGACGGACAGUGAUGCAGGGACUGACUGUUACAUGGAUUCCCAGCCGGUGGGCAGCGAUGGGGAGGAUAUGUAGCAUCGGGCGCACUCGAGUUUCGAGUUUGUCUUGCCUUCGUCCUUCUUCCUUCCUUGUCUCCCUGUGUGUAGUCCCUUAGCUUUUUUUUUUUUCCGUUUCAUCGUGAAUUCGUCUAGGGCUCCUUAUCUUCUGCGCCGCCUCUCUUUUUCCUACGCUCUGGAUGUUCCUUUGCUCUUCCUCCCCUGCUAACCUGCAUUCUUUGUCGUCUUUUGUUAGUUCGUCAGUCCUCUGGUUCACCUCGUCUCGUCCUCUUCUGUACAUCCUUGCUCUCAUCCACUUUCUAUCCUCCGGCGUCUUCGUUUCGCCCUCUUCUCCAUUGCAUUUUCCUCCCCCAUCACUUUGUCGGCCUCUGUCUGUCUUCGCCAACAAUUCUUCUGCUUCUGUACAUCCUUUUCUUCUGUACUUUUUUGUCCCUUUUCUGUUUUCUAUUUUUUCUUACCCUUUUCUACUGUGGGUAUCUGUCUGUCUGUCUUCACCGCCACUUCUCUCCCUUUUCUUGUUCUCUCCCACUCCGUCAGCGGUGUCUCAUUUUCAUCUUUUUCCUUGUCUUCUUGCCCUCUGCCUUCCUUCUCCCUCAACUUUUGUCUCCUUCUUUGGUCAAUUCCUCCCCUUGUCUCUCCAUUUCUCCUUCUUUUCUCUUUCUGCUUCUUCUUCUCUCCUCCUCCUCCUCCUCCUCCUCCUCCUCCUCCUGCCGCCAGCACUGCUGCUGCUACCACUAUAGCCCUCCACUUAUGUUUCUGCUGUUGCUUCUGCUUCUUCUGGGUCUAGUUGUGGGGAGAAAGAGAGUUCAUGGGUGCACGGUAGCGCACGGUAGCGGGUGCCAACGCAGGUUGCCACCGUCAGUGAACGGUGUUUGAAAACCCCACCACACCAUAGCUCCCUUUUGUGCUCCCGACUUUGGACUUCUCUUGACGUUCCCGACCAUUGUUCUCUUAUGUGCUCCCUUCUGAUUUGGCCUCCUCUCACUGUCUUCCUUGUCUUCACGUACCGUUCGUGUUGCAUUUGCUGAACGAUUCCUAAGCUUGUAUAUUCGAUUCAGGGGGGAGGGGAUGGGAGGGGAGGGAGGGAAAGUUCUCUGUUGUCCCGGAGGAAGUCUGAAGUAGCUGUUCUGGGGCACUUUUGUGAAUUCCGCUUCGCCACGUCUUCCACAACAAACAAUUGAUCGUUACCUUUUUUUUUUCUUUUUUUUUUUUUUUUUGCUGGGGCUUUUUUCAAAACCCUGAGCCCUAGGUCCCAAUCACCUUUAACUGAUAGCGCCACUGGACUUAGUGACUAAUUGGACUGCUGUAGUCGCAAGCGGGUGCAAGUUUAAGCCUGCAGUGUGUCCCGUGGAAAAAUUCUGUCGAAAAAUUCCGCCUUCUGCUCGAUUCGCGGCUUGCCCUCAAUCUGAAGGUCUUGGAGAUAGAUUCACACCACCACACCAGCUUGUGCUCCCCUGGUCCACAGGAGCGCCCUGAUUCCGCUGCUGCGAUGCUGUACUUGUCUAUAAGGCGCAUGAUGGACGGGUUCCGCCUGGUCAAGAGGAGCGCCCUGAUUCUGUUGCUCUGAUGCUGUACUUUUCUAAGAAGCAUGAGGGAUGGGUCUGGCUGUCUUUCCUUGCUGAAGCAAGUUCUACAAUGAAUGCCGUCUGUCUUGAGAAUUGCGAGGGUCACAUAUGUUGCGGUUUUUGCAAUGAACAAAGGAUGUGUAAGGAGUUUGGGGAAGAGGUCGGUGGUGGCGAUGGAGGUGGUCCUACUUCGGCAAACGUGGGUAAUUUCUCUUGUGAUGUAGCCGUGGCUGCGCCGGUUCAAAGGGCAGGGCUUUUUGAGGGGGUACUGAUCUCCUAAUGAAGGGCUUUUGAGGGGUAUCAGAACACUUUGGAUGCGAUCCGAUCCAAUCAAUCAUACUCCCUGCGUGGGGCACUUCCAAUGUGUGUGCCACCUAGCACUGUUGUGGCAACUGGUGGUCAUGUGGCUGCUGGCUCGAAGAUCGACUGUAUGUGCUCGGUUUCCUUUGUAAGGAGGUGGUCGCCCACCAGGCGCAUCUUGAAACCCUGCUCUCCGAUUGCCGCCGAUUCAUCGAAUCUUUGCAUUGAGCUGCCAGGUGUUCCUGCGUCCAUUGCAUUGGAAAGGAACCCACGACAGAGCGAUCGAGAAGGUCUCCAACUUUUUGACAUCCAAAAAGGCACCGACAUGCACAUCACUACGGUGGGCUGGAUGAAGGAAGACCAUAGUUUUUUUGUUCGAGAUAAAAAGAGUGAUUACGAACAUCGUAAACUUUUUGAUGCCAUUGGACGAGGCAGCACGACCAAGCAAGUGAGCCAGGAAGGCAGAGAGCUGACGAACCGAUGUGGUGGUUGUCAAUUGUGUUUGUUGGACACUGUCCAUUCGCCAUAGCCACAGGCGAGGUAUUAGGAAAAAAGUGUCGGUUGAAGAAGAGGUUGGAGGGAGGAUUGUCUUCCGGAUGGAAGAGUACCACCAAGCAAGUCAGCCAAGAAGGAAGAGAGCUGAAGGAUCGCUGUGGUCAUGGCCGAGCGGUGUUUGUUGGACUCCGUCCAUCCGCCAUAGCCACAGUUGAGAUAUUAGAAAAGAAGCGCCUGUCGAUCCGUGCUGAAUAGGAGGUGUGACGGCGGCAGUUGAAGUUGUCUGGUGAUGGAUGGAAGAGUCGGGGCAAGUUUCACGGGCGACGUGCCCUUUGCAGUGUGUGGUUGCUUUUGGAAGCGCAGCACUGGAGCAGAAGCAGCGGAGAUGGAGGGAAGGAAAGCUAAAGGGUCCCGACGAAUCGGGUUUUGCACUGGGGGUGGGCUUAGGUGUGCAUGGGUGGAGAAACAGGAAGGGAAUGGAGGGGAGGGGUUUCUACAUUCACUGUUCAUAUAUGCGUAGAUAUAUAACUGAAUUUUAUAAAUACAGUUGUGUGACUAUAUAUAUAUAUAUAUACACACACACACGUAUGGUGGAGGCUUUGCGUGUUCCAUGUGAUGCAGUUUACAGGAAUCUUGCGAAAUAGCGCAUUUCGAUGAUGGGAUCUCCUGAAGGACGUAUUUGACAAACACG